GUGCUUAUCUUUCGUGCCGCCAUUUUGAUUUCACUCAGAACAAGCUCGUUUUUAGUCCUCGUAGUGUUGACUUCUCUAAAUUUAUUAUUGAAUGCAUAUUGGAACUGCGUAUGUGUAAAUAAAUUGUCAUACUGUGAAAGAUUUGUGUGCGAAAAUGUCUCGUAAUUAGACUUGGUAAAAAGGUUUACACGUUUUAUAGGUUCAAAUAACGUGAUCUGCCACAAUGAGUGUCAUCAUUAGACUUCAAAACCUACCUUGGUCAGCAAAUGCCUUGGACAUUAGAACUUUCUUUCGAGGCCUCUCCAUACCUGAGGGGGGCGUUCACAUCGUAGGCGGCGAGCUUGGAGAUGCGUUCAUUGCGUUCAGUACGGACGAAGACGCCCGCCAGGCCAUGAUGCUAGACUGCGGCAAGAUCAAGGAGAUCCAGGUGAAGCUGUUGCUGAGCUCGCGCUCUGAGAUGCACAAAGUGAUCGAGGCGGCGCGACAGAGCGUGCCGCUGCUGAGCGCCGCGCCGGCCCCCGCCCCCGCGCCCGCCCCCGUGCCAGCCCCCGCCGCCAUCCCUGCCAUGCAGACCGCGCUCAACAUCCCCGGCCUAACGCCCUUCUCCGCCGCGCUCGGCAACAACCCCCUCUCAAGCUUCGGCAUCCCAGGACUCGGCAACCCUCAAGAAAUCCCACAACCUGCUGUUAUAGAACCACCAGCACCUAUAGUCAGCCCCACGGCUAAUAUCACUCCUAAUGCUGAAGAUGACAAAGAUGAGGAUAAAUCAGAAAGGAAGCGCAGCAGGGAAAAGGACAGGCGCCGCUCCAGGUCGCGGUCUAAAUCUCGUGACAGAGAUCGCAAGGACCGUAAGAGAGAUCGCCGCGAUCGAUCGCGGUCCAGAGAGAGACGCCGUCGUGACCGGAGCCGCAGCCGAGACAGGCGCGACCGCAAGCGAGACAGGAAAGACCGGAGCCGAUCUCGAGACCGCUCCCCGUCUCGACGAUCCCGCGAUCGCCGCAACUUAGACCGCAGGUCGCCCGGCUCCCCAGACAAGUCUAUUGAAAUCCUCGAUGGGCCUUCGCCCAAUAUGUCUUUACCUUUCGGCAAUGCUAUGAAUCCAAAUAUGCCUGGACUGCCCAUGCAGCAGAUGUUACAAAACAACAUGAUGCAAAACGGUCCUUUAGGUCGAGAACUACCUAUGAGCCGCUUCAGCGAUCCAUCCAUGACAGACGCAUUUAACAAGCUACAAGAACUAGGUAAGAAGCGCAAUCCAAACGCGUUUCAGGGGGAACAAAAUGGCGGCGGGAAGAUGCAAGGUCCACCGAUGCGCGGUGGUAUGGGCCGCGGAGGAGCGAGCUUCAGGCGUGAGGGGCGCCCUAGUCGGUUUGCAGACAACGACCAACCGCGGGACUGCUGCGUGGCUAUCAGAAAUGCACCAAACCACACUAGUUACGGAGACGUGCGGCGGUUCUUCCCAUUCUUGAUCGACAAACAUGGCAUCAAAAUGAUUAACGAUAACAUGGGACGUCGCACUGGCACCAUUUAUGUACGGUUUUGUGAUUCACGCUCAAAGCAGCUUGCGAUGCAACACAAGACCAAUGAACUAAAAGGAGCUGAAGUACAAGUCGAGGGUCUUGACGACGACGCGUACGAGGCGGCUGUGGACUCCUUCCUCCCGUACCGUGAAGACAAUGAUGAUGAAGAUCCUAGCUUAGUUAUUGCUGACGCCGAAGAUAAUGGUGUACCAUUCAAUGUCCUCAAGUUAACAGAACUACCACAUUUCGUGAAAGAACAUGAUAUUAUCAAAGCUUUUAGCGACUUUUCUCUACUUUCUAUAAUGGUAAAUGACUGUCGUAUUUCUAGAACUAAAGUAGCGUAUGUGCAAUUCGUCAAACAUGAAGAUGCCAAAUUGGCACUUAGCAGGAAAGAAAGAUACAUGUUUGGAAGAAGACAUGCAACAGUUACGUCUGUAACUGAAGAAGAGUAUGAGAAGGAGAAAAUGCAAAACGAUAAGCCGCAGGAACAGCCGAAACCAGCAACGGUUGAUCCGCCACAGCAGGAAGUUGCGCCGCCGCGAGAUCCGCGUCAGCGGCGACAGUUCGAAAACGGCCCUGGACCCAAAGGAGGCCCGCCCAUGCAGCCAGGCGGCCCGCAGGGGCCACCCUUCUUUAGCCCCCCAUUCGCGCAACAGCAAGGUUUCCCUGGCCAAUUUCCCGGUCCACAGUUUGGAGGGUUUCCGGGUAACGGUCCAAUGGAUCCCCGUACAGCUGCUGCUAAUUGGGCCAAUCGACCGCAAUACCCGAACUCGAUGGAUCAAAUGACAAAAAAGACUCACCAGGCGGCCAUCUCCACAGAAAUGGAGGACGAGCCCCUCGACUGCGUGCUCAUGAAGGGCCUCCCCCGAGAUGCCACCGACAGAACUAUCGUCACGUUCUUAUCCAACACAGGCGCUGUGCCUGCUCGGAUACACUUAAUGCUUGAUUCCAACGGUAUGCCGUCCGGCGAUUGCUUUUGUGAGUUCCGGUCCACUCAGGAAGCUAGAAUGGCCGCUACCAAACAUGGUCAAAAUUUAGAAGGUUGUCGUAUAACUGUGGAUUUAGUUCCGCGAAGCGUAGUGGAAGAGGCAUUAGAAGGCCCUAAGCAACCAGAGCGAGAAGGGCUCCUUGGGAAUGUUCCUCAGCAACAGCCACAGUUCUAUGAGCCUAUGCCAGGCCGCGGUGGGUUCGGAGGCCGAGGCGGGUUCAGAGGCCGGGGAGGGUUUGACAGAGGUGGCUUCGAUCGAGGCGGAUUUGACCGUGGCGGUUUUAACCGUGGUGGUUUUGACCAAGGACGCGGCAACUACAGAGGACGAGGAGGGUUUAACGAGAGAGGUCGCGGGUUUGACAGAGGUCGUGGCCGCGGCCGGGGCUUCGGGCGAGGCGGACCCAGCGGCCCCGGCGGCGGCGGCUACGAGAACGGACGCAUGGAAGAGGAACACGACCCCGCGCUUGACGACUUCGGAGCGCCAGGCUGUGUGGUAUCCAUGGAGAAUGUGCCAUUCCGGGCGACUAUAGACGACAUCAUGUCUUUCUUCUCAGACUUCGAACUGACUCAGGACGAUGUGAUCCGGCGGUACAACGAGCGCGGCCAGCCCACAGGGGACGCUCGGGUCGCGUUCCGGACGCCGUUCGACGCGCAGCGCGCCGUCAAGACGCGCCACAUGGACAUGAUCCACGACCGGCGGGUCAGUCUGUGUGUGCUCUAGUACGAGACUCCCGCCCAGUCGGCCUCCGACUCGGACUAGUGUACAGCAGUGUAAAUAUAAGUCAGUGUCUCAUAGUUAUUUGUCAUAGUGUGAGAACGCUUUACCUCCCACCGUGCAUGGGAAAGUGAAUUAAGUUGUAGGUACUGCAAUAGAAGUUGCAUACUGUAGAAACUUAAAAGGCAUUGUAUCUAAUUAUCCUAAUGUAGGUCUUUAAUUUUAAUAAAACAUUGUUAUAUAAUUGUA